AUGGCCAGGACCACGAAGCACGCCAGAGCAUCUCCGCAGCCCGCUGCAGCAGACAAGCCGCAGCCGGAGCCUGUCUCCGACGCAGAGCUGGACGGGUUUUCCGACUCUGACGCGGAACCCUCCGUCACGGACGAGCAGCCUCAGCCGGCAGCUGCUGGCCACACGAUCCUCCCGCAGCAGCCUGCGCGUCGCUCAGGCGCCAAGAAGCAGGCUGCGCGCACAGAUCUCUCCGGCAUCAUCUACAUCUCGCGUCUGCCCCAUGGUUUCCACGAACGUGAGCUUUCUACCUACUUUGCGCAGUUCGGCGACCUCAAGCAGGUCCGCCUCGCCCGCAACAAGAAGACCGGUAACUCGCGCCACUACGCGUUCAUCGAGUUUGCCAACCCCGACGACGCUGUCGUCGCCCAGGAGACCAUGCACAACUACCUGCUGAUGGGCCACCUGCUGCAGGUGUCAGUCCUGCCCAAGGGCCGCACCAUUGAGAAGCUGUACAAGCACAAGAAGCGCGUCCACAAGGAGAACUCCAUUAAGGACGCCGCGCGUACGCAGCGUCGCGCAGACGCGGCCCACGCCGCGCGCAUGCAGAAGCUCCGCGACGCAGGCAUCGACCUCAAGUGGUGA